UCGCGCCGCGGAGCCGCAUCCUGCGGAGGGGCGGGAGCAGCCGGGCUGGCCCCGCGCCAUGCAGAGGAGGAGCAGCAAAUCCCCGGAGCACGUUAAAAAGCGAGGCUGAGCAGCAGCCGGGGAAGGAAGAAAACACCUCCAUAGAAGGCAGCGGAGGAACGGCCGCAGCAGCUCGCAGGGGCCGCGGCUGCCGGCCCCAAACUUUCCGCCGACGGCUCGGCCGGGCCCGGCGGUGGAUGCGGCUUUCUGGGCCGGGUCGCUGAGGCUGCAGCCCCCGCCGCAAGAUGCCCGCCGCGCUGCCCAGCCUGCUGGCCUGGCUGGCCGUGCUGCUGCUCGGCAGGGCCCGCCCGGCCGACGCCUGCAGCUGCUCGCCCAUCCACCCGCAACAGGCCUUCUGCAACGCGGACGUAGUGAUCCGAGCGAAGGCCGUCUCUGCGAAAGAGGUGGAUUCGGGCAAUGAUAUAUACGGGAACCCCAUCAAACGAAUCCAGUAUGAAAUCAAGCAGAUCAAGAUGUUUAAAGGCCCUGACCAGGACAUAGAGUUCAUCUACACGGCCCCAUCCACCGCCGUGUGCGGCCGGCUGCUGGACACCGGCGGGAAGAAGGAGUAUCUCAUUGCAGGCAAGUCAGAGGGCAAUGGGAAGAUGCAUAUCACGCUCUGUGACUUGGUCUCCACCUGGGACUCACUGAGCCCAACCCAGAAGAAGAGCCUAAAUCAGCGGUACCAGAUGGGCUGCGAGUGCAAGAUCUCGCGCUGCCUCUCCAUCCCCUGCUUCGUCUCCUCCUCGGACGAGUGUCUCUGGACAGACUGGGCCAUGGAGAAGAACAAUGUGGACGGGCGGCAGGCGAAGCACUACGCUUGCAUCAAGAGGAGCGACGGUUCGUGCGCCUGGUACCGCGGCAUGGCCCCCCCCAAGCAAGAGUUUCUCGACAUUGAGGACCCCUAAGCCAAACGAGUGCAUUCCAGUAGCCAGUAGAAAGAAAAAAAACCUGCGAGAUAUUAGACUGGUCCAUGCUGAUAUCAAUUCCUGGAGACAGCAUGAAAAUCCGCUCAUCCGCGGCAGGGUCCCUGGGCUGUGGUGGCUGCCAUGCGUGGCGAGUUGUGGCUUGCAGCAGGGCUGAGCGGGGCAUGGGGACACGCCACUGUGGGAGCUCCAUCCCCUCCCAGCCACGUUCAGCCCUGGCAGCUGUGAAAGAAUCGAACCCUUGACAGUGGUGGGAGCUGCCCCGUCCAUGCCCUCACCAUGGGGGGCCCACCCCAGCAGUUCUUGCCAGGCAGCUCUCCCCACUGCAGUGUCCCUGGGACCCUGUUGUCCCCAUCCCAACCCCACUGCCUGUUCCUCCCUUUGGGGUGCAGAAAGUGUACACCCUCCAGGCAGGGUCUCUAAAGGGCUUUACCAUGUGGCAGAGCCCCUGGCCGUGUGUAAGGGGCUACAGGGCCUUUACAGAGCUGGACAACCCCUGCACUGCUGCUUGCACCUGAAAACCAGAAGGGUACAUUAUCAUUGCUUGGGAGACUCCCCCCCACCCCGACCUCUGCAUGCUCCCAGGCAUUGCUACCCCUCUUGCCACACACUCCUCUUCCCAUGGGGACACAGGUGAGAGCAGGGUUCCACCAUUCCCAGCAUCAUGACGAGGUCCGUUUUAGCUUCACUCUUCUGCAUAGGUGGAGAGCUGCUGCCAGACCCUGCUGCAACUGUUGCUAUUGGAAAGGCCCAGAUCAAUCGGUCUCUGCAGGCAGGCAGCAGGGCUGGGCAGAGUUCUCCCUCAGCUGGGUGUCAGCAAUGUGAGCUCUGGCAGUGCAGGCACAGGGUAUUUAUCAUUGCCUUGUGCAGGUGCUGAACGAGCUGUGCUGUGGCCUUUGGCACUGCUACAGCAUUGUAGCCAGGUGUGCUCCCUCCUCUGUGGCAGCAGGUAUGGAGCCUGGCACUUGGCCAGGUGCAGGCAGCCAACACAGCCACAGGAACACUCAUUCCCUUCGGUGAACCCUCUACACACCUCAGGCCCCACUUUCUCUGAGCCAUUCCCACGUCGCAGCGGCACUGGCGUGUGCCGUGGAGCUGCCCGUCCGCGAUGCAGGCACUGGCACAUAUGCCCCAUCGCCCCUUCCCGCAGCUUUGGGAGGGUGCCGGGAAGUUAUCCCCACAGCCCUGCUCUGGGGGCGUUUUCAUGCUGUGCGUUUCCCGUAAGGUUUAAGGUGUCGUACUGGACCAGUCUGGGCAAUUUCAACAUAUUAAAGAGAAGAAUUAAAAAGAAAGAAAAAGAAGAACCCCACCAAACCCAACCUCUAAUCAAUCCCAUAUACGGCUCCUGUUCGCUUACUGUAUGGUUAUAUCAUAUGUGCCGUUUGCUCCUGUCUCCGCUGGUAGUCUGUCUCUUGAGUUCAAUAUUGCCACUUGUUUUGCCACCGG